AUGAAACAAAUAAAGCCAGCCCCUUCAAUUCCAAGUAAAAUCAAAGGAAAAGAACUCAUUUUAAAAUCAUAGAAUAUUUAAAAAAUUAAAUAAUACGAAUUCGAUCAUUUUUUAGAUUAAGUUAAUAAACCAAAAAGAAUAGAUAAAUUUAGUGAAUAAAUUCCUCCUUUACCUUGCUAAUUUAAACAGAAAUAAGUAAAAGAAAUAAUAACUCUUCCUGAAUUUAUUUAAAUGGAAAAUCCUCCUCCUUUUGGAGGUGCAUAAGCUGUUAAUGAUAAAGAUGAUGUANUUUUUAAUUUGUUAAACUCAAGAAAAUAUUUGAUAGUUCAGUAUUAUUAGGAGAAUUAAUUAAAACUGAAUACUUAAUAAAUUCUGAUUCAUUAAAAUACAUUAAUUAAACAGAAAUUAUAUCUUAAUUUUUUAAUUAUACUGAUUAGUUGUUACCAAUUAUCAAUGAUAUAAUUGAUGAAGUUAUGGAAAAUGAUAUUUUUAAUACAUCAACAUAAAAUAUUAUUAUGACAGCGUUGUAAGGAAAUCUAUGUGAAAAUUUUCCUAAAUUUUAUUAUUUUUGUAAUAUUUCCUCCGAUUUAACCUACAGUGAAAAAGAUAUUACUUAUAUGUAUUUAACUUAGGGAAUUAGUGGGAUGAUGUAAAAAUAUUAAAAUUUAUUACAGAGUGAAUUUUCAUAUGAAAGAGACUCUCUCUAAUAUGAAACAGAUAUAACACUAUUAUAAGAAUAUUUAGAUUCAUAAACUCAUUAAAAUAUAUUUGUUCAAUAUUUUUAUGAUAUGGAAUACUUAGUCUAUACUAGUUUCAAUUAUUUUUAUGAAUAAACUAUGACAAUAGGCUAAGAAGUAAAAGAUAAAUUAAGUAAUUUCUUCUUAUACUCAGGAUUAAUGUACGAUUUCAUAUAUAAAUUUUAGAUCAUUGGCUAUAAUAAGCGUAGAAUUUCUAAUAUGGUAUUAUAUAGAAGAUUAAGAAUUUAGUUAAUUGAAAUUAAUAAUUACACUUCUUCCAUAAUCUUUACUAAAAAACAAAAACAUUAAUAGAUUGGUUGUGAGAACUUUUACUUAAAUUUAUUGA